GACUCACAUGUCUGCAAGCAGAACUCUGAUUUUCGUGGAAACAUUUCAUUUGGUGUCCUGUUUGCCCGCGAACGCGGACAGAUUUUCCCCUGUAAACAUGGUAAACACAAAGCCAAAAGAAGCAUUUUAUGACGUCACAACAAAUUUAUCAAGAGAGCGAGUUGGCACUAGAUACCACAAUUCCUUGCGCUAGCGGAACUUGUAAUGUUUUCGGAAGCUUCCUUCGCUGACGCUGUAGUAGCCGGCACUUUUUGACACUUUUUUUUCGCGAGGAUUUUAUUGAUUUUAUUGAUUUUAUUGAACAAUAGUGACCACUUAAUUCAACUAAAGGCGCAAUGGAUGACAGGCAUUUGGGGUCGCACUUAAAGACCAGUGAAAAGGUGCUGAAAUCAGUAGUGAAGCUGUUUGUUCAGAUUUCAACUCCUAACUACAGUAUGCCGUGGCAGAUGAAGCGUCAACAGCAGGUGUUUGGUUCAGGCUUUGUUAUUUCUGGAAGAAGAAUUCUUACAAAUGGACAUGUGGUAGCAUACCAGAAAUCUGUGCGAGUGCGCAAGCAUGGAGAUGCCAAGAAGUACAAUGCUCAUGUGAUUCAUGUUGGUCAUGAGUGUGACAUUGCCAUGCUGGGUGUGGCAGAUGAGACCUUCUGGGAGGAUCUAUGUCCACUGGAGUUUGGCGAGAUCCCUGCCCUUGAAGAGGAUGUGGUUUGCGUUGGUUUCCCGACUGGUGGAGACAACAUCAGUGUUACACGAGGCGUGGUAUCCAGAGUCGAAAUUCAGCGCUAUGCACACUCUGCUGUAGAACUGCUAGCCAUUCAGAUUGACGCGGCAAUAAAUAGUGGUAACAGUGGUGGCCCUGCCCUCCAGGAUGACAAAGUAAUUGGGAUUGCUUUUGAGACUCUGGAUAAUGCUGAGAACAUAGGAUACAUUAUACCUGUGACAGUAAUAAGACAUUUCUUGGGCGAUAUUGAAAAAAGCGACAUGUAUAAUGGUUUUUGUCGGCUUGGAAUCAAAUGGCAGCCAAUUGAAAGCGAGCACAUGAGGAAUUACUUUCAGCUGUCAAUGGAACAGACGGGAGUUCUCGUUACAAAGGUGCUUCCACUAUUCAGCUGCAGCAGUGUGUUAAAACGAGGAGAUGUUCUCAUGGCUGUAGAUAAAGAAGUGAUCGCAGAUAAUGGAACGGUGCAUUUUCGAGGAAACGAGCGCAUCUUAUUUGAUUACAAACUGUCACAAAUGUUCAUCGGCGACAUCUGUAAGUUGAAGAUUUUAAGACAAGGUCAUGUUAUGGAGGUUGAAGUUAAGCUGGACUUGAUAACAUCGCUUGUUCCAACUCAACUUUACGACAAGAGGCCCAGUUAUCUGGUAUAUGCCGGCCUGGUGUUUGUGUCUCUAUCCCAGCCCUACAUGCAACAUCAAUACGGCAAGGACUGGGCUCGAAAGGCACCUAUAAGACUCUGCGAUCGUGUUCUCUAUGGCAUUUUGAAUCAAACUGGGCAGGAAGUCAUUCUACUGAGUCAGGUUCUCGCCUCUGAGUUAACCACUGGCUACGAGACAAUGGCAAAUUUACAGCUGUUCAAAGUCAACGGAAGACCAAUUCUAAAUCUCAAGCAGCUUGCGUCAGUCCUUGAUGAGAUAACCAAGCCUUUUAGCAAAUCAAAAGAUUCUCAAGACCCAGGCGACAAAAUGGAGAACAUUUUGACUACUGAAAGCUGUGUGAAGGUCAACAGCCUUUCAAAACAGGCGGCGGCGGUUGUUGAUAAAAGCUCUGAACCAAACCAAAGGCAGAGCGACAACAUUAUUCCUUUGAAAGAGGUCGGUGCUAUUGAUGAUUCCGAUCAAAGUCGCUCUUGCGCUAAGCUGAAAACUUUAGAGGACGUCAAGAAAGACAGUGAGAGAGGAAAUUUAGUUUGUGAGAGUGAGAACGUUUCCUUGGCCCAUUACAGGAACACGGCCGUGGAGUGCAGAAAACAGGACUUCGUGAAAGCGGAUUCUUGUUCAUCGGACUCACUGUUUUUGUCGACAACACAUACAGUGGAUACGAGUUCAGGCGUAGAGGAAGACCCAACUCUUCUGAACAGAGAAGACUUCGUGCAUUUUGAGCUCGAUAAAGACAAGAUUAUUGUUUUGCACAUUCCAACCGCUUACAAAGCCGCCCCUGAAAUUCUACAGCAGUAUGCCAUAGGUCAGCCUCGAUCUGAUGACCUGCCCCCUCCACCUUAAAUCACGUGUUGACCAGCUGUGACGGGAAGAUUCUUUUAUAACAGCCACUUGCAGUCUGUGAUCCUUGCAGAAUUCAUUUGCCGGAAAAAUUCAAGCGAAUUUUAAGCACCAGUAGAUGCGAAAACUAAACUACUUUGCCAUGACGUAGCGAAAUUUUAACUGGCUUUUCGCUAGAGAAAGUUCAAGCAUUGUUUUUAGAAGAGAUUAAAGUUUCCAAUUGGAAACAGAGAAUUCUGGGGUUUUGAUUAGUCAAAAGCAAGUUUCAGAGCCAAUAUGCAAAGUCGGACCAGGAAGAAAAUACCUUAAGCGUGUAAGUUCUGCCAGAAUUUUCUUGCACUAGUUUUCCAGGUGCUGAUAUAAUACUGAAGUUAGCGAAGACGUAGUGGCGAUCGCUUCGUUAUGCGAUCAUCAUUGUUUUUUUACAAAAUGAUCCUUUUCCAAACUCAGCGUUUUCGAAAGCGCCACGUUUAAACAUCACAGAUAACUGCGCCAAAUUUAUAGACGAAACUCGGAGCUGGUUCUCCACUCUCAAGUUCAAAAAGAAAUUAAGCAAAUAGACAAUUAGGAAUCACGGAACAUUUUUCCAGCUUCAGUGGUCAUCCAAGAAUGAUAUGAAUGAUAUGACAGGACUGUAUUUGUGAAGUGUAUGAAAUAAUUUUACCGUGCGACUACUCGAGCCGGGCCACCUAGAAGAACACGAACCAAUCAAAAAGUAUACUUAGACCAAUGGACUGGUAGUUUCUCGUGACGGCAAGUAACGGUCUGUUUGACCUGAAAACACAAGCACUAUCAACUCCUCUGCGUUAUAUACACUCUUAGAGAUUCAGUCCUUGACGGUGAAUUAUCACAAUCAUAAAUUAAGCUUGAAAACUCAUUUUGCGACAACUAAACCGAAACCGUCGAAAAGCGUACAAAAUGUAGG